AUUUAACUGUUUUAUUUAGUAAUUUGAAUAGGAAAUAAUGCACAUUGCACAUUCUGUAACGGGGCAUAUUGUGAUUGUGUGUCUAGUAACAAUUGUACCGGGAAACUGCGCAGUUGCACAUCCCACGUCGGGAAAAACUCCUAUAGGAAUAGUGCGAGAAAAUCUUAUCAGCAUGAGUCAGAUUUUGCGUAUAAAACGGAGUCUGGGCAGUUUUUUUACUAGUUUAUCUUCAAAGCUACAAGGAUGGGGCUGCUACAAAUAACUUCGGUCGUUGUCCUGGUGUUACAAGUUUUUGGGGCGCACGGAAAUCUCCCGUUGCUGCCUGGAAACAGACUCCGAACAGGCGCUGAUACAGAAUACCCCGAUGCAACACUUAUCGACUGUGUAAAGGGGAAUAUGAUCUUGUCAGACUUCCAAAGAUCGGCCACGUACACACCAACCCAGGCACUGGUGAACACGAAUAAUUUCGAUCGCUACCCGUUUACAUCCCACGCCGUCAUUCCCGGGGCCCUAGUCGAUGGUGGUAUUGGAAGGUUCUCGUUUGUCAAACUGACACAUGGCAUACUCCACAAACGGACAGUAUUCGCGUUGCAGACGUCAGCGGACGGUGAAUACGCGUAUUGGAUGCCGCAGGGCACCCGCCCGACAGAGCUGGAUGUACCACAGCACCCCAGCGCCAACCAGCCGCACUUCGUGUUUACACCAGACUUCAGUGGCUGCGAAUGGACCGUGACCCCGAUGGCCAACGGCAUGCUACGAAUAAAGCACGUGGAAGGUGGGCACGAGAACGAGCAGUUCAACAACCUCCCCUCCUGGCAGAAGGGGGGAGACGUCUCCUACGGCAUGCAGUUCCGCGACUACGGUUACGUGCACAGGAAUGGGAUUCUGAUCAAGCAUGCCACGGCGUACGCUUACAUGCACUACUCGGAUGUCACUAGGAGGUGGACAUUGUACGUGCAACACCAAACAUGCGCGCCGCGGCCGGGCAACACCGUGUACGACCACGAGCAAAUCGUCACCAUGAAGAUGAACUACUUCAAUCAGAAGACCUGGAACCCCAUUACCGGCACGGAGUUCUGGGAUAUACCGUCUAGUCGGACGGCCAGCCCAAUGCGCCUGCAAAGGCGCUCCUAAACGAUCCUGCAUUGAUCCGGAGCUGGAAGUGUUCGCAUAUGUACAAAAAAGUCUACCAAUUAUAACGCUAGAUGGCGGUAAACCAGCCGCAUAGAUUCGUACAUCUCGCUUACGAAAUUCUUAACGGCUUUGUAUAUAAGGGUCGGCAAUUGUAAUUAAUAUAUAUUAUUGUAAAAUUUAUAUUUAAAAUUUGAAUGUUUCUUUCAUUCCUUCAAAUGCGGAGCGUGCAGUCGUGCACAUUUUAAAACAUUCACAUACAUAUAACACAUUUACAAUAUUUAUGUCAAUAAAAAUAUAUGGAAAAUUUGAUAAGAUUAGUUUCUAACUAGGUACGAUUUUGUAUUGUUUUAAAAAUAUUAAAGAAAAA